CUGGGUACGUACAUACCCACCGAGAUUCCCCAAUCAAGGUCCCAUUUAUUUCCACUGCUGUCAAUAAUAUUGCUGGCAGAACGACCAUAAGGGAAAGAUACAUCUAGCCACCUUUACUUCACAAUCGGAUACACUCUUAAGACCUUUCAUUCCCCUCUCACUUCAGGAACACCUCCAACUCAUAUUCAAUUUCAACCCUCAAACAAAACACUCUAGAAUUCAAAAAUGGCCGAUAUGUAUGUAUACUUCUGCAUUCCAUUGAUCUGCAGCCCCGCCUCAUACACGCUCAUCUUCUGCCCAGUCAACUUUUUAUGAUAUCCUCAAGCUAAUAGGAUUUCGCAGUAACGUGGAUGUUCUCGUUAUUGGAGCUGGACCAACUGGUCUUGGAGCUGCAAAGCGUUUAAAUCAAAUUGUGAGCUUCAUUUCACACACCAUCGACUCAAUGGAACCCUUUACUUAUCACAUUAGCAGAAUAAUGCAUCUUGGAUGAUCAUCGAUUCAAAUGAAACUCCUGGUGGUCUCGCAUCUACCGACACAACUCCUGAAGGCUUCGUAAGUUUUUCCAAAACUCAAAUGAUCAAUUGUCGCAAAUACAGCUUCCUAACUUAUCAUUUACAGCUCUACGAUGUUGGCGGACACGUUAUCUUCUCUCAUUAUAAAUACUUUGAUGACUGCAUUGAUGAGGCUUUACCAAAAGAGGACGAUUGGUACACACACGAACGUGUCUCUUACGUUCGCUGUAAGAACCUUUGGGUUCCUUAUCCAUUCCAAAACAAUAUUUCCGUUCUGCCAAAGGAGGAACAGGUCAAAUGUGUUGAUGGUAUGGUUGAUGCUGCAUUAACAGCUCGCACCGCUACGACAAAGCCAAAAGAUUUUGAUGAGUGGAUCGUUAGAAAUAUGGGUGAGGGAAUCGCGAAUCUGUUCAUGAGACCAUACAACUACAAAGUCUGGGCAGUUCCAACCACUGAUGUUUGUAAUCCUCUUCAACUCUACGAUACAAAGGUGUACUAAUAAUAUGAAAGAUGCAAUGCGCAUGGCUCGGAGAGCGUGUAGCAGCUCCAGAUGUCAAGACUGUCGUCAAGAAUGUUAUCCUUAACAAGGUCGCUGGAAACUGGGGUCCUAACGCCACUUUCCGUUUCCCUGCUCGCGAUGGUACUGGUGGUAUCUGGAUUGCUGUUGCCAAGACUAUACCAAAAGAGAAGACAUUAUUCGGAAAGGAAGGAGAAGUUAAGAAGGUUGACGCUGAUGCACACACCGUCACUCUAUCCAGUGGCAAGACCAUUGGUUACAAGAAGUUGAUUACCACCAUGGCCGUGGAUCAACUUGUUGAACAAAUGGAGGAUAAGGAACUCAUUACUUUGAGUAAGGAUUUGUUCUACUCAACAACCCACGUUGUUGGUGUUGGAAUUAGAGGAGAGCGACCAGAGAACAUUGGAGAUAAGUGUUGGGUAAGUUCACCGCUAAUUUUUAUUGUCCAAAUAUUUGUUUUCUGCCAAACCGAUGACCCCUCAAUAUUCUUGGCGGAACUGGCCCAUACCCGAAUUUAUCCCGAUACCUCAUGCUGACACAUCUCUUAGCUCUACUUUCCAGAAGAUGAUUGCCCAUUUUAUAGAGCAACUAUCUUCUCAAACUACUCCCCAUACAAUCAGCCAGAUAAGUCUGUUAAGCUUCCUACCUUGUACCAUGCAGAUGGUAGCAAGCCAAAGUCUUCCGAGGCUCAGGAAGGUCCUUACUGGUCUAUUAUGUUGGAGAUCUCCCAAUCCACCAAGAAGGCGGUUGAUGUCGAGAACAUUCUUAGAGAUUCCAUUCAAGGUCUAAUUAAUACUGAGAUGAUUAAGUCUAGCGAUGAGAUCGUCUCCACUUAUCACAGAGCUUUCGGUAAGCAAUUCAGACCUUGGCCUGUUAUUUUAAUCUUUCAGUUGCCAAGCCCAUAUUCAAACAGCCACAUGUGUAUAGGUAUAGGCUAACCAAUCAUUUAGAUCAUGGCUACCCAACUCCUUCCCUUGAAAGAGAAGGUGUAUUGACACAGCUCUUACCAAAGCUCCAAGAAAAAGACAUCUAUUCCAGAGGACGUUUUGGUUCAUGGAGAUAUGAAGUUGGAAACCAAGAUCACUCGUUCAUGCUGGGUGUUGAGGCAGCUGAUCACAUUGUGAAUGGUGCCGUUGAGCUUACUCUCAACUACCCAGAUUUUGUCAAUGGUAGAAAGAACACUGAGAGAAGACUCUUUGAAGGAGCCCAAGCAUUCCAAAACAAAGAUUUACCUUCACGGCUCGCCAAUUAAAUGGCAUUUAAGAGUUCCGAAGAGGGGUAAAGGAGCUGAGGGACGGAGAGGAGUCUCAUAAAAUCACUUCAUACCUUUCGACUUUAGCGAAGUUGAGAGGAUACUUUUUUGAUGCAUCUAGAUUUGUCUGAAAUCGACUGAUGUCUGCUUAUUGCGACUUAGAUACACACAUAUGCGAUUUGAACUCGGAUAUGAAUUCUGUUAUUGGAAUUAGUUAGCGAGGUUCAUUUAGAGAGCUUGUUAAUUGCUACUCUUUAGAGAUAGAUUCUAGAAAGAGAAUUUACACAUUUUACAAUAUUCAUUGAUGUGUAUUGUGAUGGGGGUCGUUUGAUGGUUUGUUAUUAUUGUUA